UUUUAAAAAUAACCGUCGUCAGCUGAAGAAUUUUGUUUUUUUUUAAUCAAUUUAGCAUUCACUAUUCUGUAAUUUCUAUUUUCAACUUCUUUAAUUCUAUAAACAUUAAAACGUACUUGUGUAGAUGUAUCAAACUAUAAAGUGUCAACAAUUGGCAUUUAUGCGUCUCUUGAUAUCCUAAAAUCGUUUUUCAAUAUUUUAUAUCUUCCGUCUCGUUUGUUUUUAGUUUUUUACGAAUCCUCCAAUUUACGUGGUUUUUUAACUCCUUGAGACAUCCAUUGUUCUCUGUCAUUAGUAAUUUACCGUCUGUUUUUUUGACUUUCCAUUUUCCCAUUUGUUUAUCAUGAGUAGUUUCGCGCUCAAGUCAAAAGAAAACCGAAUACAGAAACCGCGGCCACCUCAGGUAGCUACCGUUACUUCAAAUGCUUCGUCCGCAUCGGGUCGCACCGUGGCUUUCGGGACGACCACAACCACCGUUUCAACUGCUAAACCAGGUGGUGGUCAAUACCGCCGUUCAGUCUCUACAGCUAUUAGCAAAACCCCAGAUCUAUUACACCCGCCCAAGUUUGGUGGUCAACAGCUGUCCAACCGCAAUUGUAAGCCAGACAUCACUAAAAAUCUGCCUUCCAAACCCAUACAGAAACCUCCAUCACAACCAUGUGAACCGGCAGCCCAGACGAGGAUUCCUUCCAAAGAAGUAUUUAAAAUUCCAACUGUUGCCAAUAUACCAAAAAAACCUACACAAGUGGCCAAACCACCUACUACAGUUAAUCAACUUCAAAAUAAUAUGAAAGCAGCCAGUCUUGAGGAAAAACCUAAACCUUGUACUGAUCAAGAAAAUAAUAAAAACAUGGGGCUAACAAAUAAAAAAGACGAUAUGAAAUGGACUUUGGAUAAUUUUGAUAUUGGUAAAGCAUUGGGAAAAGGAAAAUUUGGAAACGUAUAUCUUGCCAGAGAAAAGAGUUCUGGAUUCAUUGUUGCUCUUAAAGUUUUAUUUAAAACGCAAAUCUUAAAAGCAAAUGUUGAGCAUCAGCUCAAAAGAGAAAUUGAAAUUCAGACACAUUUAAGGCAUCCUAAUAUUGUACGUAUGUUUGGAUAUUUCCAUGAUGAUGCUAGAGUGUAUAUGAUACUAGAGUAUGCACCGAAGCAGCUUUAUAAAGAAUUACAAGCUCAAGAAAAUCAACGUUUCUCUGAAGUUAGGGCAGCAUUGUAUAUUAAACAAUUAACCGAAGCAUUAAUUUAUUGUCAUGAUAAAAAUAUUAUUCAUCGAGAUAUAAAACCAGAGAAUCUUUUACUUACUAAAGCAGGUGAUUUGAAAAUUGCUGAUUUCGGGUGGUCUGUACAUACACGUGAUUCCAAGCGUAUGACAUUAUGUGGAACAUUGGACUAUUUACCACCAGAAAUGGUGAGCGGUAACUCUCAUGACAAAUCAGUCGAUGUAUGGAGUGUAGGUGUUUUAUUAUAUGAAAUUUUAGUUGGUAAACCACCUUUUGAAGCUCCAACAUAUGAAGAAACAUAUAAAAGAAUAUUAAAUGCUCAAUAUAUUUUUCCGCAACAUGUUGCUCCACUUGCUAGAGAUCUCAUAUCACGUUUAUUAAGAGUGAGACCAGAGACUCGUUUACCUCUCCAAGAAGUAUUACUACAUGACUGGAUAAAAAUACACACAAAUCUUUUAAAGUAACAAAAUAAGAUUUCAAUUUUAUGAAGUCUCUAUUUUUUUUUAUAUAACCAUUUAAAAAAAAAAAAAAAAAUUAAUUAGACUUUUUAUAAAUUCAAUAUCUAUAUUUUAUUUGUGAUGGUAUCAAUUUAAUGAAGUGUAAUAAAACAAAAUAAUUGUAUUAUUAAUUAUUAACUUUAAGCAUUAAUAAUAACAGUUUUUUUUUUGUAUAUAAGACUUUGCCAUAUUUUAAAAGCUCAAAGUCUUUGGUAGUUUUAUUAUAUUAUAAGAAAUGAAUGUUGUCAUAUAUUUUUUAUGCGCCAUUAUAUUUUACUACACUUAUAUAAAAUACGUACUAAAUUAUAUAAAAUUUUGCAAUUUCUUUAAUUAUUAAUGCAGGUAUAGAAGAAGAAUGUUAAAUAUAUUCAGUUAUAAUUAUUUUUUAUAUAUUAGUAAAAUUGAUUUGUUUCCAUCCUAUGUAUUAAUAAGUCAACAUUAAACUGUGAUUUAUAUAUACCCAAUAAAUUCCAUUUGAUUGGAUACUUGUUUAACUUAAAAAAAACUAUAAUUUUAAUGUGUACAUAUUAGUGGUAUAUUAUUUUUGACAUUAUGUUAUUUUUUAACAUGUUGUAAAUCAAAAUAUUUUUAUGAUAAAAGCAAAUAAAAUAAAUACUUUUUA